AUGGCGGCUCACGCACCUUCAGAGACAGACGAGCAUACAGCCACUUCCACGCCUGCGCACACACCUGCACCGCGAAUAAGCAAUCCACCCGACAACUCAUCGCGGCAAAGCACUGGCAUCGACGAUGAGGACAUCGAGGCUUCGGCAGCCAAAGGCGGCCAGCCUGCGAGCAAGCCAACCGCAUCGACCCCAAAUGAGAAGCCAGACAUUGAGCAUACGGUAGUGGCAGAUGACCCGAGAAGCUGGUCAUCGGCGCGCAAGUGGACUCAGCUCGCCAUGCUGAGCUUUGGGGCUCUGAUACCCACCAUGGCUGCCAACGUUUUCUUCCCCGCCAUCGACCAGAUCAAGUCGGAUCUGAAUGCUAGCGAUGCGCAAAUAUCUCUCAGCAUCUCGUUGUACAUUCUUGCUCAGGUACGUCUCUAUCCUCACGAGCCCGCUUAGCUAGGAGGCUCACCUUUCACCUUGCACCCUCUUCGCUUACCGUGCUCUCCCUUCGCAUUGCCACACUCGGAUCUCAGGGGUCCUUUCCACUCGUGUGGGCGCCCACUUCAGAGAUCAUCGGUCGCAAGCCCUGCUUUCUGCUUGCCAUGCUCAUCUUCAGCGUCUGCGUGGGCGUCGCUGGUGCAGUACGAAGCAUCAAGGCCGUCAUAGCAUUGCGGGUCUUGGGUGCGGCAGGCUCAGCGGCCAUGCUGUCCAUAUCUGCAGGCAGCAUAGCAGACAUGUACGAACCGCACGAGCGCGGCGUCAAGGUCGGCAUAUACUACUCUGCUCCUCUGCUAGGACCUGCUCUGGCUCCUGUCAUCGGCGGUGCUCUCACCGAAGCUGGAGGCUGGCAAGCCACCUUCUACGCCAUGGCGGGACUCGGUGGCGCUUCCUGCCUAUCCUUUUUCUUCUUCCGAGAGACGUUCAGAGUGGAAAGGAGUCUGGCUUGGCAGACCGCCAAGAAGAGAGCGCUAACCAAAGCAGAAGAGUCGCGACAGGCACAGGCAAAUCGAGACGUUACCUACAUCGGGUCAUGUGAGGCCGAUCACGCUUCUACGCGCAGACCGUUCUGGGAAAGGUGGAUGCGGCGGUCCAAACCCAAUGCGGCGUCGACGCCGAGAGAGAAGCUGUCUGGCGGUGCAGGCACUACCGUCUCCCCUGCAUCAUCCAUCCGUCCACACACCCCACCAGAGUAUCGAGAACCUGCGGAUGUGGAGCUUGCUCCGCCCGUAGCUCCAAUGGCACCAUCGGCAGCAGCUCAGGCAGUGGACGAAGCGGCAAGACAAGAAGAGCGAGCUGCGAGAAUGGCUCGCGUCACCACCAACGCGACUGCUCGCAGCGCAAAACCGGCGGCUAUCGCGCGAGCCAAGAGCGCUGGAAGCGCAAGACGGGUCUUGACGCGCGACGGACAGGAGAUCAAGGUGAGUCGGCAUCGUCGCGAGUCCCGGCCCAUCUCGCUGGUGGGGAUCGAAGCUGAUCUGAGCCACGGCAUCCCCGGUUUCUCAGUUCAAACCCACACUGGCCGAUGUGAACCCUUGGUCCAACUUCAAGCACGUCUUGAACCAACCUCACAAUGUCUUGAGUCUCAUAUACAAUGGGGUGAGCUCACUUCUUUCAGAAAGUUGGUCAGGCUGAUUGCUCUGCUCGCUGCUGACCGCCUCAUCGCACCUCUGCAGCUUGCUUUUGGUAGCCAGUACUCUCUAUCGUACACAGCAGCUCGCACGUUUGCCGCUGCUCCCUACUCAUACGGUCCAUUGCUGGUGGGUGUGGUGCUGCUAGCGCUAGGCGUGGGUGGGAUAUUCGGUUCGGUCUUGGGCGGCAAGCUGUCCGAUCUGCGACUAAGGCGCAAAGGCAUCGAGCUGGGCCACAAGGCCCCUGCGGAAGAGAGGAUCAAGAGCAGCUUCCUGGCCAUGCUGCUCUGUCCGCUCGCCUUCAUCAUGUAUGCUUGGACCGUGCACCAACACGUCGAGAUUGCGGCACCGGUCGUCAGCUUGGUUUUGAUAGGUUUUUCGACCUUUUGGCCUUACUCUACCAGUCUGAGCUACAUCGUGAGUGCGACUGCGUCUGCGCUUCGACGGGCAGCCUCGAUCACACGCUAAACUUGUGUGUACCUUUGCCGCGCACGACAGGUCGAUUCCAACGUCGGAGGAGCGUCGGGCGCGGUGUCUUGCAAUAGUUUCUUCAGAGGCUUGACGGCCUUUGUCGCUUCCGAAGUGGCUGGGCCACUACAAGAUGCGGUCGGUGAUGGCGCACUGUACACGGGCUGGGCAGUCCUCAUAACCAUCGGCCAGGUGCUCAUCACCGUCGUUGCGUUCAAGGCCACGUCUUGGAGAGAGGACAAGCUGUCGGCAUGGGCGUGGUUGAAGUUCAGAGGCUUGAGGAAGCGAAUCGCUAGAAGUCGAUAG